AUGUCUUCCAAGCUCCACCGCAACCCACCUUUCCGUGCGGAGCACCUUGGUUCCCUUCUCCGGACUGACAAGUUGCUCGAUACCCGCCAUGCUUGGGAAGCUGGUAAGGAAACCGAGGCCAGCCUCAAAGCUAUCGAGGACCAAGAUGUCAAGGAUAUAGUCAAGAUCCAGCAGGACCUAGGUUUCCGUGGCAUCACUGAUGGAGAGUACCGCCGGCAUAUGUUCUGGGGAUCUUUCUGGCCUGGCCUCGUGGGCAUGACAGAGAUUGCUGAACCAGAAGCGUCCCUUUUCCGCAUGUACAUUCCUGAUAUUGCUGCUUUCACAGAGGCGGGCUACAAACCAGGUGAGACUGUUAUUUGCACCGGCAAGAUCAAGCACAAGGGCAGCACAUACACCGAUCAAUUCGACUACCUCAAGGGCCUAGUUCCCGCCGACAAUGUCAAGGACCUCAAACUGACUCUAGCGGCACCCAAUUGGUAUCAUCUGCGGUACAAGCAGGGGCGCGCUUAUCCUUCGAACGUUUAUGCCAACGAUGAUGAGUACUUUGCCGACAUUGCGAAGGCGUACCAAGAUGAGCUCUCAAUUCUGUACGAGCACGGCCUUCGUAACGUCCAGUUCGAUGACCCGAACCUCGCCUACUUCUGCUCCGAAGCUAUGCUCGAGGGAUGGAAGAAGGACCCAGACAACAUCUACUCCGCAGACGAGCUUCUGCAGAAGUACAUUGCCCUCUACAACGACUGUGUCGCGAAAAUCCCAGCGGAUAUGCACGUGGGAGUGCAUCUCUGCCGCGGCAACUUUGUGAACAGUCGGCACUUCAGCGAAGGCGGGUACGACCGUAUAGCAACAAAGCUUUUCCAGGAGCUCAACAUGCAUACCUACUAUCUCGAGUACGACACCGCACGAGCAGGUGGUUUCGAGCCGCUUCAGUACCUCCCCAAGGACAAGAAUGUGAUCCUAGGCGUGAUCACGUCGAAGUUCCCAAAACUGGAAGACGAAGCUGAAAUGGAGGCCCGAGUUCGCGAGGCAGUGAAAUGGAUGGUGAAGGGCACUGGCGAGAGCGAGGAGCAGGCAUUGAACCGAUGUGGUGUCAGCCCGCAGUGUGGCUUUGCUAGCCACAGUAGCGGGAACGCCGUCAAGCAUAAGGAUAUGAUCGCCAAACUAAAGCUCGUGAGGAGUCUAGCCGAUCGAAUCUGGCCUGGACAAGCAUGA